AUGGGCAUCGCGGGGCUGCUGCCCUUCCUCAAGGAGGCGGCCGAGCCGUGCCACGUGAGGCGGUACCGCGGGCAGGCCGUGGCCGUGGACACCUACUGCUGGCUGCACAAGGGCGCGUACGCGUGCGCGGAGCGGCUGGCGCGCGGCGAGCCCACGGACCUUUAUGUAACUUUCUGCAUGAAACUUGUUGAUAUGCUCCUGUCAUUUGGAAUUAAACCAAUUUUGGUGUUUGAUGGAUGCACCCUACCUUCAAAAAAGGAAGUGGAAAAGGCCCGAAGAGAGAAGCGUCAAGCCAAUCUUCUGAAAGGGAAACAGCUACUUCGUGAGGGAAAACUGGCAGAAGCCAAGGAAUGUUUUGGGCGCAGUGUGAAUGUUACCCAUGAUAUGGCUCGUGAAGUUAUUAAAGCUGCACGAACCCAAGGAAUUGAUUGUAUUGUUGCUCCUUACGAAGCUGAUGCUCAGUUGGCUUAUCUUAAUAAGACUGGCAUGGUUCAAGCCAUAAUUACAGAAGAUUCUGAUCUUUUAGCUUUUGGAUGUAAAAAGGUGUUUCUGAAAAUUGACAAGUUCGGAAAUGGACUAGAGAUAGAUCAGUCUCGACUAGGAAACUGCAAGCAACUUGGAAACGUGUUUACCGAAGAGAAAUUCCGCUACAUGUGCAUUCUCUCCGGCUGUGACUACCUCCCAUCAAUUCAUGGAAUCGGGUUAGCUAAAGCGUGCAAGUUACUCAAGCUAGCUAACAACCCAGAUAUUAUAAAGGUUAUUAAGAAAAUGGGUCAAUACUUGAAGAUGAAUAUAACAAUACCGGAAGAAUACAUAAAAGGUUUUACACGAGCUAAUAAUACAUUCCUUUAUCAGUUAGUUUUUGAUCCAGUCAACAGAAAACUAGUUCCUCUGAAUGCCUACGAUGAUGAUAUCGACCCAGAAACACUAAUUUAUGCAGGACGACAUUUUGGUGAUGUUACUGCUCUUCAAAUUGCUAUUGGUAAUGUUGAUAUCAACACAAUGGAACAAAUUGAUGAUUACAAUCCUGACACUGCCCAGCAGAGAAGUCGUGGCUGGAACGAUGAUGCUACAAACCAAAGAAAUAGUAUUUGGAGCAGAGACUAUAGAYUUGGCUCUAACACAGAUGCUGUUCCACACAAAAUGCAUUUACCAGAGAAAGUAACAACCAAAGGCACUGAGAAGAUAAUUAGUAUCAAAGGGUUGAAACUUUCAGGCAAAGAGCUCUCAGCAAAAAGGCCAAGAAGUGAUUUAGAAGAACUCUCAGAUGGAGACCUGCUGAGCCAAUAUUCAUUUUCAAAAGCCAAAAAAGCCAGGAAGGAGAGUGCUGAAGACUGUGAACCGCAAAAAUGUGUCUUUGCAAGGCAAAGCACUGAAUCCUCAGAGAAUCCUAUCCUUGAAGAAAGCUCUAACUCCCUGCCCAGAGUUAGAAAUAAAUUUGCUUCCUUCCUGCAAAGAAAAAACAGAGAGCGAGAUGCAGUGGUUGUUCCAGGAACAAGAAGCAGAUUUUUCUGCAAUGCUACAGAUACACUUGAUUUUCAAUCAAAGUCAGAUGAUGGCCAGCUCUCUCAAGAUGUGGACAGGGAUUGCCAGGAAAAGGAAAUAAAACUUGUAGAGGAAAAAGUUUCUCCGUUUUCAGAAACUGAAAAACCUCCACGGACUACUUUCUCCCUUCCUGGAGAAACACAGAGAAGUUGCUUCCAGUGGUUUGGUAGCCUUGAAAGGGCUUCAGCAAAUCCUGGUCCAUCUCAUGCUGCAUUAUCACYGCAGCUUCCCCAACAGCAAGGCGACUACAUGGCAUCCCAGGAAGAUGAGAUAAAUAAGUUGCAAACAGGUAGUGGGGCACCGUGCGGUGAAGGAUCUUCUCCCAUAACAGACCUGGAAUGUUCCUCACAGUCUCAGGUGUCUUGCAAGCUCUCAGAAAGCRGUUUGGAAUUUUCAAAAGUGUCACAAGUAUCUAACAAUUCACCUGCAGAGGAAUCUGACUUCAGUCUGAAACUAGGUGAUAGUCCAGGUACUCAGACCUCUCCAGUAUUUUCUGCUGUACGCAUUGAUAAAAAGAAUAUGCUCCCAAAGGCCAAGGUUCCUGGUCUACGCAGAUCCAGUUCUGUAGGGUCACGUAUUGUGACGAAGCUCAAGCCAUUGAUACCAGCUAAAGUAAGUGGAUUAAGCAAGAAACUAUCACCUGUGCAGAGGAGAAAUCACUGUGAUAUUGAAAAUAAGGUGGGACUGCAAGCCACCAUUAGUGACCUCUGGAAGAACUUCCAGUUUAAGAGAGAUUAUGAAAAACUGCCAUCCUGUAAAAAGUCAGACCCGUUGUCUCCAAUCAAAGAUAACAUUCAGCUCACUCCAGAAACGGAGGAAGAAAUCUUCAAUCACCUCGAACACAGUCAUGUUCAGAGAGCUAUUUUCCAAUGAACUGUGUGCAGCCAUAAACAAGAGGAUGCAUUUUUAAUCAAUAUUGAAAUUUAYCUUCUGUAUCUCCCAUCAAAAGAGACUUUGAAAAUCACCUGUAUAUUUUAGUCUGACUACUAAUGUGUCUCUUUUUUAUGAAACUGUGAACUGAAGUACAGWUUUGUAUGGCCUGGAAUAAAAACCUUCUCAUG